CUCCAAUCCACCAUGUCUUACACAGAUCCGUACGCUGAACGCCACGGAAGAUAUCAGCAGCAAUAUACCGAUGGUCCAACGUUCAAUCCUUAUAGCUCCUCACGGACGCAACCUCACCAGACCUAUGAUCAGGGGGGCUAUGACACCACAGGGUAUGGGCAGGAAGGGAACAGGCCAUCGCGCUACUCGGACCCAUAUUACAAUAACAGCUCGGGCAAGGAGAACCCUAUAUCCUCUUCGGACGAUGCUUUCGGGGGCGCUGCUGUUGCAUCGGCGAGUCGACGAAAGGAUCUGAGUGACUGGAGAUAUGAGCAACAAAGUGGUUUAUGGACGAGGGGUAGCAGAGGGAGUUGCAUUGCUCGGUUCUGCUGCUGUGCGGUGAUGAUCGUGAUUUUCUUCAUCGUAUCAAUACUUCUUGCGCUUGCGCUUGUACGUAUUCUGUAUCUAUCUGGGUUGUACUGGCUUAUCUUUUCUCAGUGGAUAAGACCACCCAAUAUUGUUGUAGGGAGUGUGCAGACUAACUCCACAAACACGGUACAAUCAGUCAACGACGGGUUCCAAAUAAAUCUUGGAGUCAAUAUUUCUGUGCAGAACCCAAAUUAUUUCGCGGUGUCCUUCAAGGAUAUUGAUGCCCAGAUUUUCUACCCUAUAAACAAUACUCUCGUCGGGGGUGGGACUGAGAAUGAUAUCACCUUUGGAUCCCACUCACAAACGAACUUCACCUUCCCCUUUGCGAUCAACUACAACAGCAACCUGCCCUCAAGCAACCAAAUUCUGCUUGACAUGGCUCAAAAGUGUGGUAUUCCUUCAGGGUCUCCAUCUGACAUAACCGUGAACUACGACAUUACGCUGGGCUUGCGUAUACUUUUCUUCGUCGUCAGUCCUAAAGUGAGCAACAGCUUGAGCUUCAAAUGUCCUCUUACUUCGUCAGAUCUUGGGGCUUGCUUAAUGGUAUUGGUGGCCUGUGAUACUUAAUACUUGUCCCCCCUUUUUUGGACUUGUGAUUCGGACUUAGUGGACCCUAUACUAGGCGACUUAAUGCGUACACUGUUUUACUUAGCUACUAGUAUGACCUCGACAUUAGAAAGUUGAAAGCUUUGUGAGAUCGGAUACCAUGUAUGUACAUAAAUGUAUCUGAAGUUUCCUGUUGGCAGCUUAUGAAUGAAA